AUUAGUGAGUAAGAAGUGAAACAGAGGAAAAUAGAAAUUAGAAAUCUUUUCAGUAGUAGGAAAGUUUAAGUUGCGUAGAAGUUGAUCAUAAGAUCACAGAAAACAUACACUGAUUGAAUGGACAGAGGACAGUGCAGUGGUGCUCAACCUAUUAUGAAUCGCCCACCAAUCAGUUAGAUGACAAUUUAACACACAACAUAAAACAAGUCGGAAAAUCAGAAACAUUGAGAAGGACUAGAAGGAAGGAAGUGUAUUAGAAGGGACAUCAAACUAAAAAUUUUUGAUCAUCCUGUGCGAGGAUCGAUUCCAAAAACGGUUUGUUAUUCCAAAUCCGACCGUCCGAACAAAAUCAAAAAUUUUUAUAUCGGAUUACUUCGGAAUGGCUUCCUCUCCUUCGAAAAAUGAGCAAUGUUUGUUCUGCUCAAUGUCGGAGUCGAUGUCAGAGGAUGUGGAUUGGGUUCAAUGUGGGAAAUGCAAGCAGUGGGCACAUUUCUCAUGCGCUGGUGUAGAUCAGGAGGUUGUAGAAACUAAUUGGCGCUGUCAAAAGUGUGUUUCCGCUAGUGCUCAGCUGCUGAAGGUUCCAGACACGAGAAGUAAGACGCGAGGUGGCAAGAAGACCGGCCAAAAAGACGAUGGAGGGUCCGAUCAGGGAGUUGGUUCCGACGCAGAUCCGAUUGAGAAGCAAUUGGAAGAGGAACAACUCGCCAAGGAGAAGGCCUUUGCAAAUCAAAUGGAGGCGCGGAAGAAGCUACUCGCUAGACAGAAAGCGUGGAAGGAAGAGCAGCUGAGGCAAGAACGAGAGAUGCAGGAAAUGGAGCUUCAGGUUCAACGCGAAAUGGAGGAGCGGCACCUAGAGCAUGAGCAAAAGAUGCUAGAUGCCCAACUCGCCGCAGAAAAGGAGUUCGUCAAGAAGCGGGCGGUAAUCAGGAACCAAUUCGAGGAAAGCGUCAGGCGGGUCAACGCUUUGAAGGAUCAAGACUGUGCUGUUGGCGGGACGAAGGAAGAACAGCCUAAGCGGAAAGUGGAGAAGUGGUUAGACGGUCACAUCAAGAGGGCGGCGGAGCAGCACUCGGCCAUGGACUUUCGGGAAGCGUAUCCGAAAGAUACAGACCCGCUAAGCGCGAGAGCAGGCCUCAGCAGAGUCAGUGACAAGCCGAAGCUUGCGAAGAAAGUGCCGAUGCUCGUCGAGUGCAGAGACGAAUCGGACAUAGAAAGCGAAACCAGCGAAGAAUCGGGGGACCAGGUGAAGAACAGCCGAAGCCGGUAUAGCAAAGUGCGUAGCAGUCAAGGCUCUCACGGGCCGGGGCAAGAAAUCGGCCAUAUUUCAAAGCGGCAGCUAGCGGCUCGGAAAGCGGUGUCCCAACAUCUUCCAAAGUUUCGGGGAGAGCCGGAUGUUUGGCCACUGUUUAUCAGCAGUUUUGAGCACACUACAUCCGCGUGUGGGUUCUCAAACCUGGAGAAUUUAAAACGUCUGCAGGACUGUCUACAGGGAGACGCACUCGAAGCAGUAAGGAGUCGACUCGUAUUGCCGAAUUCUGUUCCAGACGUGAUUAGUGACCUGCGGAAUCUUUUUGGAAGACCAGAGAAGUUGCUUAAAACUUUGCUGACGAAGGUUCGAAAUGCUCCCGUGCCAAACGCUCAGCGCUUGGAGUCGUUCAUCAGUUUCGGGAUUGUGGUGAAGCAGUUAUGCGACCACCUUGAAGCGGCGCAUCUGGACGAUCAUCUUAAUAACCCGAUGCUAGUCCAAGAAUUGGUAGACAAAUUGCCGCCUAGCUAUAAGUUGGAUUGGGUUCGGUAUAAGCGUGGAAAAGUGGAUAGACCGCUAAGGAUGUUUACUAAUUUCAUGAAUGAAAUAGUUUCCGAUGUGUCCGAGGUCACAGAGUUUUCCACUCUGUCGAUAAAAGAACACAUGCGAUAUGAAAAAGAAAAACCGAGGAAAGAGUUUGUGCAUGUGCAUGGCUCUGAGCAAGAGAAAAGCGGUAACAUCAUCAGUCGCUUUGAGAGCGGAUCUCGGGAUGUAGAGAUGAUGAUUUCGGCGAAGGGAUCUAAGGAAAGGUUUUCGCUAUCCAACACACGAACGGUGUCUGAGUUGCAGCUGCUCGAACAGAAUGUUCGGUACACGGAUGUAGUGAAGCGGUAUACGCAUCUUACUGGGGUACCGGUAAAGGACCAUUCGCCCGGGUUGCCAACCAUCCUCGUCGGUUUAGAUAAUCUACACUUGUUUGCGCCGCUGGAAUCACGGGUGGGCAGAUCAAAUGAACCGAUCGCUGUGCGUUCAAAGUUGGGCUGGACAAUAUACGGUUACGGAGAAAAAAGGUCGGGUGUGCAGACUCGCCUCAACCUUAACUCUGUUAAGCUAGUCGGACAGACCGAGUCCCAGUACAUGACGCUAAGAAAGCCUAAUUCGUCAAACCGUCAAGCAUGGGUACACACCAACACCGGAAAGAACAAACAAACGACAGCGAAGCAGACCAUUAUGGAGGUAGGAGAUAGUAACCCUGAGCCGGAAGUGGCCUUCGGUCAGAGUUACGGGCCGGGGAAUGUUCGGGCAACACUGCCUGGACGCAGAUACGCCGCAACCAACGUUUGGCCGAUUAGGCAUGCUGAUAAACGUCAGUUAAUAACUGACAGAUAUGGAAGCGAUUGA